AAUCCAGUCUUGGCGGUUAGUUUUAGUCAUUUUGAGUCUGAGACUUAAACAGUUAAGAUUGUGUCUGUUUUUUGCUCUUCUUUCAUCUUUUUUUUUGUAUCUGGUAAAAGUAAUGAACAUUAUGGAAAGUUGUUUGGUGUAAAUAUGAUUCUUAAAUAUGUUACAUUUUUUAUGGUCACCACUAUUUUAAUAGAAACCCAUUCUUAUGUGUUGAGUCAUUUGACAACUAUGUGCCCACGAUUGGAUUAAAUUUUGUUGUUAUAUCGAAUCAUGCCAUGGAUAAUUGUGCUUCUCACCUUAAUAGAAUUUUCUUCGGCCAAACUUGCUUCCAUUGGAAUUUAUUGGAAUGCCUCUAAUCCAAUAUUCAGGAUUGACAACACUGACCACAUAAUAGAUGUAAAUAGAGGAAACAAUCCCUUUGAAUAUGAUCAGGUCAACAUUAUUUGUCCAACUUAUACCGAAGGAACAAAUGAAGAAGCCGAAACUUACAUCAUUUACAAUGUAUCAAAGGAAGAGUACGAUUCUUGCCGCAUAACCAACAGCAAUCCUCGAAUUAUUGCUAUCUGUGAUAAGCCUCAUCAAUUAAAAUAUUUUACAAUCACCUUUAGAUCCUUUACACCUCAACCCGGAGGCCUUGAAUUCAAACCUGGCCAAGAUUAUUAUUUCAUUUCAACGUCAACCGGUAAACGGGAAGGCCUUGAUCGUCGUUUAGGUGGACGAUGUUCAACCCACCACAUGAAAGUCAUUUUUAAAGUUUGCUGUUCAACCAAUGAUAACAACGUCUUGAACGACAAAAGUGAUGCCAAUAACAUUAAAAAUAAUAGCAACAUAAAUAGCACCAUAAAUAACAACCAAUCUUUCUCAUCAACAACUGUCGAUUCAUCGUCUUUAUCAUCAUCAGAAUUGUCUAUAGAAUCGUCCUCAUCAUCUUCCAUUGCAUCUUCAUCCCUUUCAUCUGCGUCCUCUUCACCUUCACCUUUGGUCACUUCAUCAAACCUCAUUUUUACAUUAACAUCAUCACCUUCACCCUCCAUACAAAGUAAUAAAGAUUUUAUUAAUUCUAAUAGAGACUUGCACAGUGAUGACCGAUCCAAUGCCAAUGGACUCUAUCUUAAUGCCAACAUUAAUAACAUAAAUUCAUUGGUCUCAACCUCAUCACCACCUUCAACAUCAACAACCUUAGGUUCACUAGUGACUUCAACAUUUCCCGCUUCACCGGAACACUGGUGGAGACCGCAUUUCACUCGAAUCCAAGAUCUUAAAUGGAGAUCAAAAGGACCCGGGAAUGUGGUUAAAGAGACAAAUCAUCACCACUUGACCGUUGGACACGAUUCCAAUUCCUUUACAAAUCCCAAUGCUAACAAUUCGCAAAACAAUAGUUCAAAUGAUACCUUGCGACCCAUUGCUUGGACCAUUUUUGCUAUCGCCUGUUUCAUUUUCAUCAUCUUUUGGGCGCUUUGGUGUAAAGUUCGUCGGAACAAUGUGAUGUUACCAAUGUCCAAAUAGCGAAAUAUCGUCAAGUUUUUUUCUUUCUAACCUGUAAAAAAAUGCUGAUCUUUAUAUAUGUAUACAUAGAUGAAAAAUUAUGUAUUGUAUGAAAAAACAAAAACAGAAAACUCGAAAAAUUCAGACUCUUUUUGUAUUAAUAACAUGUUUAGAGAUGAAAGUUUGAGAAAAAAAAUCUUCACUUGAAAUUCGUAACAUUUUUGUCUUGAAUAUUGUCAUUGAGUAAAAAUGAAACUGAAAAAAUUCCUUUAUUAACAAUUGUAAUUUAUGUAAAUAUUGCUAUUAUAAUAUUUAUCAUGACAAAUAAAAAUGAAAAAAAAGUA